AUGGAUUCGGCUAUUGAAAUCAGUUCAGAUAGUGACGUAGAGAUACAAGAAACUAGAUACAGGCCUCCUCUUCCUCUACGCUUAACUCAAGGCAGGGAUACAUCAAGCCACACUAAACUGGCUCUUGCAAAUCCGGCUUCACGCAAUGGUUUCGAAAUGAAGCCACGGACACAUUUCGCGGGAAAUGCGCACAUCGGAAGCUCGAGAGUUCCUAACGUCUCUGUUAGAGAUUAUGAGAGAUUUCAGUCUCAACAAGCUCCUAAAGGGAAACAUGUUCUAACUGUUAUCCCACCUCCAUAUCCUUUGAGACCUGAUAGUAGUCCAGCUGCAGGCAACAAGGGUGGCGUUGGUGAUGGUUAUGUUGGACCUCGUGAUGGGAUAGGCAUGGGGCGUGUGAUUAAUGGCGCUCGGAUCCUACCGCCAUCUGUGAUGCAAGGAGGAGCUGCUUCAACUUCACAUUUUGGUGGUUCAAGUGACCCAAUGCAUAGGAAUGGCAUAGGUGAAGAUAGGAGUUCACAGAAUGCUGAGAGGCUGGUCUAUCAGGCUGCACUACAGGAUCUGAAUCAACCCAAGUCUGAGGUCGAGUUACCUGCUGGUCUUCUUUCAGUUCCCCUUAUGAAACAUCAGAAAAUUGCAUUGGCAUGGAUGUUUCAGAAGGAAACUAGAAGUUCGCCAUGUUUGGGAGGGAUAUUAGCUGAUGAUCAGGGCCUUGGUAAGACAGUCUCGACUAUAGCUCUUAUCCUAAAGCAAAUGCAUGAAGCAAAGUUAAAGUUGCAGAAUAUAAGUAAUCAAGAGGCUGAAGCAUUGGAUUUGGAUGCCGAUGAUGAAUCAGAAAAUGCAAAUCAGAGACCAGAGACUAAUGCUUCAAAUGGUAAUGGUGUGAGUGUCAUUUCAGGCAGAAAGAAAGCCAAGGAUGAAGAAGCGAGUAGUUCAACACAGAAAUUUAACAGGAAGAGACCAGCUGCGGGUACUUUAAUUGUUUGUCCAGCAAGUGUUGUGCGGCAGUGGGCAAGAGAGCUUGAUGAGAAGGUUACUGAUGAAGCCAAACUUUCUGUUUUAAUCUACCAUGGUGGUAACAGGACCAAAGAUCCUAAUGAAUUAGCAAAAUAUGAUGUGGUUAUGACAACUUAUGCUAUUGUUUCAAAUGAAGUUCCAAAGCAGCCUCUGGUGGAUGACGAUGAGAAUGAUGAAAAAAAUGGCGAUAGAUACGGUCUCUCCUCUGGCUUCUCCUCCAGUAAGAAACGCAAAAUUGAAAGUGGUGCUACUAAGAAGAGUAAGAAAAGAGGUAAGAAAAACGCUGACGAUUCUUCGUCUGGCCCAGACUCUGGUACUCUAGCAAAAGUUGGCUGGUUCAGAGUUGUAUUAGAUGAAGCUCAGACAAUCAAGAAUCACAGAACCCAGGUGGCAAGAGCAUGUUGCGGUCUUCGAGCCAAAAUGAGGUGGUGUUUGUCUGGAACACCAAUGCAAAAUACAGUAGAUGAUUUGUAUAGCUAUUUUAGGUUUCUAAAAUAUGAUCCGUACGCCGUGUACAAGUCAUUCUGCAACACAAUCAAGGGUCCUAUUACCAGAAACUCCCUUAAUGGUUACAAAAAGCUUCAAGCUAUACUAAGGGCUAUUAUGCUGCGCCGUACCAAAGGGACACUGCUUGAUGGGCAGCCAAUAAUUAACCUACCACCAAAGACAAUUAGUUUGAGCAAGGUUGAGUUUUCGGAAGAGGAGCGGUCUUUCUACAUGAAGCUUGAAACCGCUUCACAGUCUCAGAUGAAGAAAUAUGCUGCUGCAGGAACUUUGAAUCAAAACUAUGCAAACAUUCUUCUCAUGCUUUUGCGAUUACGCCAAGCUUGUGACCACCCCGAACUUGUUAAAAGAUAUAGCUCAGAUUCUGUUGGCAAAGAAUCAGAAGAAGCUGCUAAAAAACUCCCUAGGGAGGCUCGAGUUAACCUGCUCAAUUGCUUAGAAUCAUCUCCCAUCUGUCGUGAGUGCAAUGAUCCACCAGAAGACCCUGUUAUUACAUUGUGUGGCCAUAUAUUCUGCUAUCAGUGUGUAUCGGAAGUUAUCAACGGGGAUGAGAACAUGUGCCCUGUCCCUAGAUGCAGAGAAGAGCUUGCCCGUGAUGUUGUUUUCUCUGAAUCUACCCUUAGAAGUUGCGUCGCUGAUGAUUUGGGUGGUAGCUCUUCACAGGAUAAAGGUCCUGAUAAAGAUUUUUUUCAGAAUGACGAUUUUAGCUCAUCAAAAAUCAAAGCUGUCAUAGAUAUUCUGCGGUCGCUUUCUAACCGAAGCAGUCCAAACUCAGCUCAGCACGGUCAAAUGCCGUCUUCCUCGAAGCCAUAUGACAUUGACGACGAUGAUGUUACCAUUGUAGAGGAAAUGAGUCUGCGCUCCAAUCCUAACAGAGGAUCAAUAAAAACGAUAAUCUUUUCUCAGUGGACUGGUAUGCUUGACUUGCUCGAGCUGUCUCUGAAUGAAAACACUAUAGAGUUCAGAAGAUUGGAUGGUACAAUGAGUCUAAAUGCCAGAGACAGAGCUGUGAAAGAAUUCAACAACGAUCCAGAUGUAAAAGUGAUGAUAAUGUCUUUAAAAGCUGGAAACCUUGGGCUGAAUAUGGUGGCUGCAUGCCAUGUCAUUCUUCUUGAUCUUUGGUGGAAUCCAACUACUGAAGAUCAAGCUAUUGAUCGAGCACAUCGUAUCGGACAAACUCGACCAGUUACAGUCACUCGCAUGACGAUAAAAGAUACUGUCGAGGAUAGAAUUUUGGAACUUCAGGAAAAGAAAAGGAUAAUGGUUGCGUCUGCCUUUGGUGAAGAUCACAGUGGAGGCUCUGCAGCUCGACUAACAGUAAAUGAUCUCAAAUUUCUGUUCCAAGUGUAG